GAACGCCGCAUCGCACGCACGCACCGCAGUUCUCGUUCGAACCGCGCUCAUUGAGGUCGUUCGCUGUGAAUUCACUUGCGAAGUUUAGCCCCGCGAAAGGAUUUUUCUUUGUCCCGAUCGUCGAGGACCUGCCCUCGUAUUAUGUUUCCGCGCGAGAGCCGCGACCAGCCCCGGCCUGUUGAGGAGCCGGACCGCGCCCCGCGUGCUGAACAACAUCGACUUGUUUUAAAUUUCCCCAAAUUCUGUGACGGUUAUCCCGCGAAACGCGUGCGCCGGGCGAUUUGAAAUUUUUCCAGUGAACUUGUGUGAAAUUAAAAGAAAGCGGACCGUCCGAUAUCGCGGGCCCCGCCAGUGCAGCAUUAGAUUCGUGCGCCAGAACUGAGAACACCAUGUCAACCGGCAAACGGCUGGCGAAGCGUUCCAUCAUCGGGACCCGCGUAGCGGCCCUCGGUGACGAAGGACUAUACUAUUCGGGCAUGAUUCAGGCAGUGAAGACGCCGGCGCCUUUCCCGGAGAACAACAAUUGUAUCAACUUGACGCCUAAUACGCGUUACACGGUGCGCUUUGACGGUGGAAAGCUCACCCGCGAGUACCGUGACGCGGAGCUCAUCGGGCCCGGCUUUCGCGGCAUGGCGGGCGUGCGCCUACGGCCAGGCCAAAGAGUCUUCCUCACGUACAACGGGCGCGAGGUACGCGCCGACGUGCUGCAUCACGACCAUGACACCGACGAGCUGCGCGUCCAGGUGCACGCGCCCGCCGCUGAGGUGCCAAUAGAGCUGAAGAAGAAGUUAGAUGAAAUUCGUCUACUAGAAUCGAGAAAAUCAGCAAGGUUGGCAGACGUGGACACAGACUUCGCCCGGCUCGCAGACAUGGCCGGCGACCGGCGUCGUGCUUCCGCCACUAUUGAGGUGCCGGCGCAUCACAUGCACGGAUCACGCAAGCGAGGCCCGAGUAGCUCGUGCGACCUGGGCUACGGCGAACGCGACGAGCAGAUGAACGAGUGUAACGCGGCGCUGGUGCUGAUGUCGCUCAGCUGCUCGCCCAACUCACCGCGGCCCAGUGCGUGGGGCGGUCGUUCAUCAGUUUCGCCCGGAGCCAGCAGCAGUUCAGGGUCAUCAUGGCGGUCUGGAACUCCGUCGCCGCCGCCUGCGUCCUCAUCGUUCAGCGACGAAGGCAUUGCCAUGGACUAUGAAGACAUACAGCCAAGAAAGAAAAGGGUGAACAGCGUAGUUUAUGAAUGCACCUGGAGGGGCUGCCGAUACACUACCAACACAUGUUCCGCCAUCGAAGCUCAUAUCAGACAAACACAUUUGGGGCCAAAGAAAGAAGGCGACAGUGACCGCGAAGAAGAGUUUUAUUACACGGAACGUGAAGUAGUAGCUCCUGCCCCGCCGCCCACGCUCUCCCACCGAGACAUGUGCCGCCCGCCGCACGAGGACCCGGAGUACCAGCGGCAGCUCGUCGGUUCUUACAGACAAGGACUGCUCUCUACUAUGCAGAAUGGGUCAGCGAGGCCUAUAAGCAUUCCUGUGACGCAUUCCUGGUCUACCACACACUCGCCGAAGCACAUGCGUCUAACGGCGGCCGGCGGCUCGCCGGGCAGUCCCGGGCGGCGACCACGCUCAGACAACAAGAAGUGUCGCAAAGUGUACGGCAUGGACCAACGUGACCUGUGGUGUACUCAGUGCAAGUGGAAGAAGGCGUGCACACGCUUUGGAGACUAGCGCGCGCGCCGCUCGCUCGCGUACACGCGCGCUGUGCAUCUCAAAUGAACGCUGCAUCAUCAGUAACUUAAUAACUAAACGUUAUACAAUACGCGGACUGAAUUUUAUAAAACAUUCGCAUUGUGCGAGAACUAUUCCGUGUGCGGGUCGUAAACGUAGACAUAAGAGAGUAUAUUAAGACGAGAGGUUUUUAUUUAAUAUAAGCGAGUGGUGAGUAAAUAUGUUAUAUGUAUAUAAUAUAUUAUGUGAAAUUUAACGGAGACAUAUUUUUGCUCUUAACUGUAAUCGUAUUUUGACUGCAUAUGGACAUUGCCCACGUAUUUUUGUAGCGCAGUGGAUUCGCCUUUACGACAUGCAUAUUGCAUGUGAAGUUCAUGUGUCGCUCUCAAUCGGAGACUGUCAAUAUUAGUAAGUAAGCGUAAAAAUAAGUUUAGACUGACCACUGGCGGUGUGAAAACUCUUGUUGUCUCACAAUUGCAAAGAAAACUCUCUAACCUGUAGAGUCAGUUUUUUAAAGUUAUGUUAAUAACUAUGCGAAGUCCAAACCUAUUUACUUAUAAACUGCACAGUACUAAUAGGUGACUUGAAUACGUAAAUGUAGUAUAAGUAGUUUAUAUGUAUAUAUCUAUAAUCUCCGCAAAAUAUAUUGCCAUAACCACCACACAGUCAUAAAUUAAACAGUUAAAAGUCAAUUCUAUAAUUAUUUUUUCUAAAUUGUUUUUUAAUCAGGAUACAAUACUUAUUUACAAAUCAUAAAUCGAUCAAACACUCAUAUUUAUAUGCAAAAAGCUUAUUCCGUCCACAUUUUCGAAUGUGCUUAGUGUAAUAGGGUAGUAUGGAACAAGUUUUCACACCGCCAUCAACUUGUAUGACUUGCGUCAUACUACAAUAAAUUAAUUCGAUUUGGCAUACACUAGGUGUACCACUCGAAAAUAAUUCGGUGAAGUUUAUCACUGGACAUACACUGUAUAUCGACUGAAUUACUAGUUAAUGAUAAUAAAAGAAAACCACAUAAUAUAUGAAUUAGUCUUAUAAGUUAUCUCAGAUUCGACAAAAAGACUACAAAAUAUGUUAGAUUUAAAAAAAAUAUGAACAUAUCCGUGUCGUAUACAAUGGCGGUCCUGUGACGAAAAGUGAGACAAUACUCAAUGACGACGAUUGCGCACCGCACGCUGUCAGCACUGGUCACCAGCGGCGACGUGCCGGCGCCCGCCCGGCGUCCUCACUGUCUACGCGGGGCAUCGGUCAGCGGAGGCUAGCAGUUACAACUUGGAGGUAACGCAUAUUAUACGAAAUUAUCCACAAUACAUAUAAACGCAGAUAUACGUUAUCUACAAAGCUUUCAAACCGCCAUUAAUAAGACCUGUGAGUAAGUUUUGAGUUGAUGAUGAAACGAAUUUGUCAUCGUGUCAUAUAAUGGUAAAUCAUAGGGUGGCCUCCAAAACACGAAGCGAUCGAUCAAGACAGAAAGGAGUGUGAUAAAAGGAACGUGAAGCUAAGGGAGAGCUGAAGUGAUGGGCGUAGGUGAUUGCAAACUGCAAUAUUAUAUUUUAAGUAUUAUUUGUUAAUCUAUAAUUUGUAAAUAUAUAAUAUAUAUAGUGAAUUAUAUAAAAUAUAUUAUCUAUGUAUUUAAAAUUAAAAGCAAUGUUCGGAUGUGUACAUAAAGAUAUAAUUAUGAGAAUAUUAUUAUUGUUACUUAAUGUGAUUGUUUUAAUCGAAACUUUUGUACGAUAAUAUUAAAGGGAGUUUAUAAACGUAGGGUAAUUACGUCGUAAUAAAUUGGAAUAAACACGUUUAAGUUUCGCAUUGACCAUCACAACGCGGUGUUUUUGAUCCGAUAGUUACCAGGCUUGUUGUUCAAAUAAAAUUUAUAGUCUAUCUGUACAAUAUACUAAAUAUUUCAUAAGUUUGCCAUUAUAUUUGAAACCCGAACUAUAAAAUAUUAAACAGCAAUUAUAAUAAAAUCUACUAUUUACCUCCUAUAACGACGAUGGGAUUUAUCCAAAAGUCCAAUAUUCCUUUUACGUUUUAUGAUACAAUGUGCCAAUUGACUAACUGUUCGCCGCCACAGUCCCAAAUAUACGGUCGAAACUUUUUUAAUACAUAUUUGUUACGUGUAACAAGCGGCAAACCUCAAAGCCGUAAAUGUACCCACAAACUCACUUUGUCACAUCAGUUUUGCGGUGCUGAUAACGUUUGACAAAAUUAACGCACAUUACGAAUGUCUGUGUUCUACUCAUGUGCCUGUACAAAUAUAAUAUAAUAAAUACUCAAUCUCGUGAUGUACUCGUACACAGGGUGUAACUGGAUAUUCGCCAUCACAUUAACGAGGCCAAGUAGAUCUGAUUAAUUAGAAACAAUUAUUUACAUAGAGCAUAAUAUUCACAGGCACGAAAAAGUAGUUCACGUAUCUCUUGCCAGUUUUAUUUGUCAGGUGCUAUGACCACCUUACGAUUUGCAUCCGCAAUCGUAGCAUACAUUUAUAGCGUACCUGUAAAUUUUACCAAAUAUACGUUUUCAUUGCAAUAAUGGUUGUGAUAAUACAUCAUGAAGUUGUCAUUGAAAAUUACAUUUUGAAACUAUUCAUUCAGCGCUCCAUGAACCAAAUGAUUACUAUAGUUAAUUAAAAAUCAACUCAGCUAGCGAUUUGACAACUGCCAUAUUGUAAGGAUCUAGAUGUAACUGCGACUUAGAUUUAUAGUGUACCUAGAUGUUAGUUAUAUUAUGUUAAGUUGAAGUCAUAAUAAUAGUAUUUAAUAAUGUUAGGUACAAUCAGAUUGUAUUAUUGUGUAUUCCUGAUAACGUACCGUUCGCCUUUCGAUGCGGAAACCAGCGUAUACAUAUGAUCCUUGUCUUCUUAUUUAAGGUGUGAAGCCCCAGCCCAUUCUAAUUUCAAUAUUCAGUUCUAUUUGAGUCGUUUAUGGAGGUGACAUGCUACAGAACACAUUUUAACUGUUUAAAAAUACCUUGUAGAGGCAUAUAUCGUCAAAAUAUAACUUACAGCUUGUGCUAGAAAAACAACAAAUUGAUCUCACAAAGUAGAUAUUAUAAAAAAACGUCAAGUUUAGUCUCGAACAACUGAGAAAUAAUGAUUAAUACAGACGAAUCUCUUCGGCAGCAGAUCGGUCUGAAACAAACAGAAUAUCAAAUAAUUUCUGUUUACUCCAUUUAGAGGUAAUGUGCUGCCGGGGUAAUAAAUUUGCUUUAAUCAUUAACCCUCAUAGUUAUAAUUUCCAAUUUAUGUUUAAUUACAGAAAACAGCUCACAUUCUGUUCUAAACAUCACUCAAUAUGGUACUCUUAAUUUGCAUAAUAAUGAUUUAAAAUAUUUUGUUAUUUUCACUAAACUUGAUAAGUAGAUAAUUUUGAACAGCUAUAAAACAUGUGAUAGGUAGGUACCUGAACCGGAAGUUAAUCUUUUAGGAAUUCAGUAGUAUCCAGAAACGCCACAGACUAAGCUUCACUCCAGGCAUGCUUCGAAACUUCAUAAUAACACACCCACAUAAAUACAACACCGAUCUCAAUUUUAUAUUUGAAGCUAUUAGUAAAUAAAUUUACACAGAGGUUUUUUCUUAUUUUAUGUAACUUAUAUUAGGUUAUAGUAGUGUAGAGAUUUUUAGGUAAAGACACUUUAUUUUUAUUAUCUUAAUAACUUUGUAGAUAUUUUAAGUAAAUUACUAAUUUAUUUAACUAAAUUUUGCUCAAUUUUUAUAUGCACUCAACACCAAAGUCAUAAUACUAAACAUAAUCUACAUAUCAGUACAAAAAGCAUAAUAGCAACCGGCGUGAGACAUCAGUUGGUUGACUGAUCAUUGCUUACGUUUAUUGUGUUGUAUAUGUUUCUUCCGAAUUAAAAUUUAUGCAGCAUUAUGUAUAUAUUACUGGGAUCUAUGAUCUACCCAUGAAGCAGCAUUCAAAUAGAUUUACUGACUCUUCGCGCAGUAGUGUUAGCGCGAUCUGGCACUGACCGCUAGUCGAGCUCUAAGUCUUAAUUCUUAUAAAAGGGUCCGAUGUUGACGUCAACUGAAUUUCAUGCGUAUCGACCUCUUACAUAAAAUAUUGUAUGUAUUUAAUUUAAGGCUAUCGAAGAGCAAUGCUUAUAUAGGUUUAUAUAAGUUUUCCACGUUUUAUUUAGUUCAAUUCUGAUAAAUGCAUAUUUUCGUCGUACUUACGUGCAUAUUUCUAAGUAUGUAAUUAGUUAAAUAUUUUUACUUUAGUUAUACCUACUUUAUUUCUUUCUGUUACUGUUUAUUUUUCAUAUACCAAAUUGCACAUUCUACUCUAAUGAAUGUGAUACAUAUUUCCGGAAUGGUUGGUUUUAUUCUACAUGGUAAAUCGCAGUCCGGAAGCACUAAAUGAUAGGAUAGAAAACUCACUGGAGGAAGGAGUAGGUACAAAGUGUUAUUGUUUGGCUAAAUACCCAGAUUUCUCAAAAGUAUAGUAAAGUACAAUACAUUGUAAUGUGAAAUAAUUGGAUAUGUAAGUGAUAGCAUAAUUUUUCUCAAGCGACUGGAGAUUUAGAUAUGCAUUACGAUUAAUUAUGAAAAUGUUAAAUAUCUUUCCUUCUCUGCGAUCACAUGUUGUGUAGUUUGUAAUGUUUGCUUCCGUACCUACAAUACUACUGUAUUAUAUUGACCGCGCAUGUAAAUAUUAUAUUAUGGUCCAUAAUGGUUAGGUUACUGUCAGAGUUGAAGUGCACAUACCAUCUUAAAUAGUUAUCCCAUGUAAUGAUAUAUACGUAAACAAUUUUAAAUUUAUGAAUAAAUAACAUAAUUAAUAAAUAUUAUAUCCAAAUGAUAUCCCUUAUAGUUGAUUAGCGUAAUUUUUACUUAAACAUGUAUAAAGCCAUUGAAGAAUAUAAGGGCACUUUAGUCCAUUAUGGUUUAAGUACUACCUGCGUUAAAUACUGUUUCAUAAUAUGUGUAAUCAUAUUCUUCUUAACUACUGCAUUCACUUGAAAAUUGCUUUAUCGUGUUUCGAAAUAAUAAGUGAAGUAAACAACGAUGCUAACAUAAAGCGACGUUUGAAUUCAUGUGGGCAAUUAUGUAUCUAUAUUUAAUGAAAAUAUGUCUCCCGUUUCGUAGUACCUAUAAAAUAUUAUGUACCAACUUACCAAUGUAAGCUCUUUAUUAUGUUAUAAUUUAUUUACAGGAUCAAGAUUGCCAAACCCUUUAAAUUAUAGGUAAUUGUUGUCCAACACUGAGCGUGGCGGAAACCAAUUUAUUUACAAAACGAAGUUACAAAUACGGUCAUUUUAAUUCAGUAUUUUUUACUAAUUUACCUAUUUGUUUAAUUUUGAAUUUAAAUUAAAGAUACAUUAUUUUAGAUCUACUAAAUUUAAAAUAAUGUUGUGCUUUGUUUUCUGUUCCACGGUCAGUGUAAAUUUAUUUUAAUUCUAAAUAAGGAUUUAUUUUAUGUAAUAAACAAAUAAUUUUAUAUACGAUCCCUAUCUGUAAUUAUUAUACUUACACAGGCAUAUACCUAUUCUGUUAUACUUGUUUAAGAUGAUUUCGCGUUCUUUAUGUCUUGUGCGUUAUUUUCUUAUCCUGACUUAUACUAUGUGAAGUAACUGUAACGUUAUGAGAAAUAUCAUCUGAGUAUUGUAUUAGAGCCGGAUAAUUAUCGAUAAUGUCGAUUAAUAUGGUUACCAGUAGUGUUAAGGCUGCAAUAUGAAUGAUCAAAAUAUUAUGUUAAUUAUCGGUCGUAUAGUUGUCUAGGUAUAUCGAAUAUUUUCUUUUAAGUUGUCAAUAUCACAGCAGUUUUUGAGAAAACUGUCAGCAUAUACCUAUUAUGUUUUUUUAAAUAGAUAAUGAAAUUAUUUCUUUAACAUUAUUCCUUAUAAUAUAUAUACAUAUGUAAUAAAAUACAGGUGAGCUGUUAAAAUAAAUAAAAUUAAUAGUUCAAGAUCGCUGGCAGUUAUUCUAUUGUGAUAUUAAUAAUUGUAUUUAUUUUAUCUAAAUUAUCAUUUACGGCUACGGCAUUGAAUGUGAGCGAGUUAUAUUAUAAUCAAGUUGUCUAAGUUAGACAAUAUUAUGAUGUUCUAAUAUGAAAUUGUAUGUAACGUGAAAGGUCCAUAAUGUGUUCUAAAUGUGUAUUUGAUUUAAACGGAGUAUAGAUAUUACAUUUUAUCAAUGACAUGUUUUUGUGCAGAUGUAAAAAGAUAAAACACAAAUCGUAAUAAACCCAUGAGAAAUAUGAAACAGCAAAAUUGUUUAUGAUCAUCACAAAACAAACAGCCUUGUAGCAUUGAGCUCUCUAUAGUGUACGGACUAUUAUGUGUUGCAUUUCAUAGCGAACGAAAUUUGUCUGUGAAGCCUAAGUGUGUACUAUCUUCCUACUGAAUAAAAUACUGUUACAGUAUAAAAUCUUUAUGAGAAAAAAUGUUAUUAUUUUAUUACGUGCUACUUCAAGUAGACUAUUUGCCUGAAAUAUUAUACCUCAAUAAGUUUAGUAUGAAUUUUGUGUGUCUUAAAAAAAUAUAUUUCGAUUAUUAGAAAUGCA